AUGGGGUAUUUUGAAGUCCAACCAACAUUUCAGGAUGUCAAUGAGAAUGAAUCAUCAAAUGGUUAGCCUAUGAAAGUCAUUUUACUUUUGGUUGAUGCAUUACGAGUUGAUUUAUUCGCUAAUAGAAACUUUACAUUCUAUGAGGAUAUGAAAGAAAAUUAAGAAGAUUAUUAAAUUUUGUAUUACGGAAUCUCCUCUACUCCAACAGCAACAUAAUUAAAUUUGAAAUCUAUAACAACGGGAAAUUUUCCUGCUUUUGUAGAUUUUGGGUCAAAUAUGGCAGCCCAAGAGUUAAAAGAAGAUAACAUCAUCUACUCAAUGAAGAGGAAUAAUAAAAAGAUAGCAUUAUUAGGAGAUGACACUUGGUAUCAUAUGUUUCCGAAAUCAUUCGAUUACAAAUUUGUUUCCGAAUCAUUUGAUGUUCGAGAUAUAGAUUCUGACGAUAAUAUUAUUAUAAAUAACAUUGAAGAUUUGAUAACUGAGAAUUAAUAUGAUUUUAUCGUUGGACAUCUUCUGGGAAUUGAUCACUCUGGACAUAGUCAAAAUGAUAGUAAUAAAUUUUUAUGGAAGAAAUAGAGAUAAUAUUCGAAACUAUUAUAUAAGAUAUAUAAAAAGAUGGAUAAUAAUACAAUGCUAUUCGUAGUGGGGGAUCAUGGAAUGUCACCGGAUGGCAAUCACGGUGGAGACAGCUUCCAUGAAGUCAGCUCUACCAUCUAUGGUAUUAAUAAAAAGUAUAAAUUUAAUAAAGAUAAAUUUAAUUCAGUUAUUAGAAAUAAAAGAUAUAUCAAUUAAUAAGUACUCGACAGAAAUUUGUAUACUCGAUAAGUAUUUAGUAUUAAUUUGGCUCCGACUAUUUCAUAUUUAAUGGGAAUAUCCAUGCCAUUUAGUAAUAUGGGUGCUAUUUUAACUGAAAUGAUUAACACAAAUGAAUAGUAAGAAAGUAGUUGCAAGGAAAACUUAAUUUAAGUUAUGACCUACUUAAAUAAAUUGGUUAAAUCUUAGGGUACUCUUGAUAUACAAUUAUAAAAAUAUGAAGAUCAGUUAUCAAAUCCCAAAUUAACUUGCUAAAAUAUUUAAGAAAUUAUAUUGGAAUUAUAGGUUGAAAUCAAAGAAAAGGCCAAAACUCACGAUUAUUAUUUUCUAUAUCUUGGUGCUUCCAUGAUGAUCAUUUUAUUUGGUUUUCAUAUUAUCAAAUUAAUGGAAUACCUUUUUGAUAAAAAGUUCUCACAUUAAAACGCUUAUAUUGUUUAUAGGCUAGAGUUUUUAAUCAUAAUUGUUCCUCUUGCUAUUUUCAUUUACUUACUAUUUUCUCUUUAUUUAUCCAUCAAAUUUAUUGCCUUUUACAUAAUUUUUGCAAUUAUGAAAUAAUUACUUUUACCACUUACACAGGUUGAAAAUUUAAAACUAAUUAUUAAUAAAGUUAUGAAUCCAUUGCCACAUUAUAGGUAAUACUUUAUGAUCUUUACGAACAUUAUUGUCUAAAAAGGAAUCCAAGAAUUAUCACUCAGACGCCAAUAUGUUUACUCAUCAAAUAUAUUUGGAACUUUAUUAAACAUCUUCAUUAUCAUUUUGAUAACUCAUUUUAGAUUGCUUAAACAAAUUUUGUAUGUUGCUGUUGGCUUAUCCUUGUUAAUUUUAGCAGAACAAUACAACACUCCAAAUUUAACUACAUAAGCCUAAUCAGCUCUAAUUUUUAAUGAGGUCAAUUACAUUUUUUAAUCAUUUUGGAUAAAAUUUAUUUUGCCUGCAAUUUUCUUGCAAACAAUACUUUAUAAAUUAAAUUUUAAAAUAUACUUUUACAUCUUCUUAGGAUUAGCAUAGUUUGUUUAUCUUUUUAAUAAUUGCUAAGCAUUUAAUAAACCCUUAACUGACAUAUUUGAAGGUCAUUUAAAAAUAUUAACAAUCUACCUUCCUAUGUUUUUAUACAUAUGCUCAAUAGUUAUGAUUGUUAUUUUUAGAGAUUUCAGUUAUUUUUUUUUAAUUAUAUUAACUGUCUCGGGCAAAUAGGGAAUGAUGGUCUAUUGUUGCUUAUUUAAUUCUAUUUAUUAUUUGACUAAAUUUUAUUUGAAAAUUGACAGAGCUUGGCUUCCUCUAAUAGCUGGUGCAACAAUACAAUUGAUUUUGAAUUACAGUUGGUUUUGUUUGGGUCAUAGAAUGUCAUUUAGCAAUGUUAAAUUUUAAGAUGCUCUUAUUGGUUCUGAAAACUUUAAUGUAUUAUUUAAUAUGACCUUAUUGAUAAUAAGCAUUGUAAGAUUAAUGAAAUAAUUUUAGUUUGGCAUAUUUGCAACAUUAGAUAUAAUUAAGAAAAUUACUUUGCAAGUAUUGAAAAAUGAUCAAAAUAUAGAUUACAAAUUUGCUGUUUAUUAUUUUAAUAAUAAAAUAAUUGAUUCGUUAAUAGUAAUGUAAUUUUCUUAAAUUGCUUUUUCUGCUCUUCAUAGUCUGAGAAACUUGUAUCACCUACGCGUAGUAGAGUUAUUUGCAGAAAAAUUAGUUUAUGAAUCCAUAUUUUUUAUAGUGAUGAUAUUAGUUAGAUCACUUGGUAUCCUACUAGAAAAAUUUGAUCCUUAAUAAAAGAACGAGCUAUAUUUUCAAUAGUAUCAAACAAUUACAAAUGACUUGAAAGAUCAAAAUAAUGAGUGA